AUGAUAAACAAGAGCUUAGACAAAGAAGAGAGGGAAGUGCUAAUUGCUCUGCUAAGAGACUGCAAGGAUGUCUUUGCUUUCGACUAUUAUGAGAGGCCAGGACUCGAUAGCGAGCUCGUAGCUCACACCCUUGGGGUGUCACUUGAGUUCAAACCAGUAAAGCAAAGGAGUAUGGAAUUCCCCAGGGCCACAACCCUUGCAACAAGGAAGAGAUAUCAACGAACAAAGGCAGUAAGAGGGAAAGCAAUUUCCGACUUAAUGGCUAUGUUUCCAGGAGAAGGGGAAGAUGAGGUGCACGGAUGCCUUCCCGGAGAGGUGGCAGUCACGGAUGCUGACAAACCUUGGACCAUGUUCUUUGAUGGGUCAUCAUAUGGCACCGUCGGAGGAGCCGGAGUAGUGUUUGAAUCCCCACAAGUCGAGUUACUCUCGUACUCGUUUAAACUGGAUUUCCCAUGCAGUAAUAACGUCACAGAGUACGAAGCGUUAAUCCUAGGACUCCGAAUGGCAAAGGAACUUAACCUAGGGAGCGUGGAAGUCAAAAGCGAUUCAAAACUCGUGAUAAACCAAGUGAAUGGCGAUUUUUACAUUAAAGAACCACACCUAGCACCUUACGGGGCAGAGGCUCAAAGGUUGAUGAACCAAACAGCGUCAACACUGGACCAUACUGGCAGAGGCGGGAAUAAACACGUGGAUGCCUUAAAAACCUUAGCAAGCAAAGUGAAAUUAAACAGCGAAGAAGAGGGUACGGUCACAAUACGGAGAAAAGAGCUACCCAACACAUGGAAAGAAGAUUUGGCAUUCGAAGAAGCCGAUUAUUAG